AAAAAAUGGGUUGCAACAAAUUUGGGUUUUCAGAUUCCGCCAUUCCCGAUCCUGGAUUAUUUUCAGUUCCCUUUUUUUCUUUUCAUUUUUCUGUCUUGCUUCAUCUAAUCAUCAUGAAUUGCAAUUCGAAUCCUUCAUCUGUAAGCAACUCAUCGCGAGCUGAUGUCGUUCAUAUUGAAGGAAAAAGAAUAUUAUGCACGGCCGAUGUUCGAGGAUGUAUAUCGCAACUCAAUCAGCUAGCGACAGAAGCUAAUGCCGACUUCAUUAUUCAUACUGGCGAUUUCGGUUUUUAUGAACAAUCGAGUCUAGAACGUAUCAGUGACCGGACUUUGAAGCACCUUAUCCAAUACAGCACCAUGUUACCGGCCGCUAUGCGAACGCGACUUUCCAACACACCAAUCGAUCAAGUGCGCCAAACCGUCGAGCAGUCUGCAGAACCCAUGUUAUCUGAAUUCCCCAGCUUCUUAUCGGGUGAAAAACGCUUGAAUGUACCGGUCUAUACGGUGUGGGGUGCAUGUGAAGAUGUGGCGGUUCUGGAAAAAUUUAGAAACAAAGAGUAUCAGAUACCCAAUCUUUUCAUUCUCGACGAAGCGACCACCUAUUUGUUGGAUAUCGGAGGCGUCAGUCUCCGCCUGUUCGGCUUGGGAGGAGCGGUCAUUCAGCAUAAACUCUUUGAUAACGGUGAAGGUGGCGAUACGAUUGCCGGUGGAGCAGGUACCAUGUGGACGACGACACUGCAAAUCGGUGAACUGGUAGAAACAGCCAACAAGGUGUUUGAUGCAUCAGAGACAAGAAUACUGGUUACCCAUGCAAGCUCAGGACGUGAAGGUCUUUUGGCCCAGUUGGCUCUCACCUUGCGUGCUGAUUUCACAAUAUCAGCAGGCUUGCAUUUUCGAUACGGGAUUUCGUACAACGAAUUCUCAUGCCAGCCUGAUCAAGAACACUAUUACGAACGAUUGCUUCGAGCACAAGACGAGUUCUUACAGUUGUGGGAUUCCAUUAAAGAACAGGUGGAGAGUUAUGUGGAUGAGCAUCAAGCUGUUUUGUUACAGAAUGCUUUGUCCGUCGUUAAACGAUUGCCUGCUUCUGCGACAGAAAAUGGUUCGUAUUCCGAACGAGAGGAACUUGCAUUCAAAAACAUGUGGAAUUUCAACUUGCCGGAUGCUGCUUUUGGCUGGCUCGUUUUGGACAUCAAGGAUGGCCGAGUCAGCUCUGAACUUAAAUCUCAAGGCUUCAACUUCAGUUACCGCAGAAGUGUCCCAGCUUCCAAUCAUUCUCCGGCGCUAUCUUCAACGGCUGUAUCGCAAAGUCAACCUGAAAAGCCGAAUCAAUACAACAACAGCCAUCAAUUCGCUGGGGACACGACACAAGCGCCGAGUGACAACAGCUCCCAGUUCAAUGAAGGCAACUGGAGAGAUCCACCCAAAGAUGAGCAUCAUAGAAACUCAAAACGACAAAGCAGUCUGCGAAGUCCAUAUGUCGCCUAUGUUGGCGGACUCCACAAUUCUACAGUCACGGAAGAGGAUAUUAGAAAUUUUUUCGGGUCAGAAACGAUUACGGGAGUAAAGUUUCCACUCGAUUACAAUACCCAGUUACCCAAAGGUCAUUGCUACGUGGAUUUCAUUGAUCCGGUUGCCUUGGAGAACGCUUUAGCACAAAAUGGAGAGUUGCUCAAGGAUAACAGACUAAUUAUCAAUAAGCCUAAUCCUCAAUAUGGCGAUAGUCGCUAUCGAGGCAGUCGCAAUGGUCGGGGACGAAGCUACCGUGGAUCACGGGGCAAUUAGUGACCCAUUGAAACGUGAUCUUUUCACCAAAAAAAUCACUUUAUGUUAUUAUGUCUGCAGCAUACAAAACAGUGCUAAACGUUCCACCAAAUCCCAAAAACAGAGCGAAAAGUAGUUUCAAAUGUCAGAGAUGUGAUUCAGAAAAUCAGAGCUGCUCUCACAAAGCGGUUUGACAAGCUUAAAAUGAUAUCCUAUGCUUUCCAAAUGUCUAUAAACUUCUCUUCAUUUGCAACUUUUGAAGUGCGUAAC